UGCAUCAUCCACACGCAGGAAUGCAAUGUUGGAGGAUCGCUUGCACUCCCAGUGUUGGAGCAUGGCAGUGGUAUUUGCUUGGGGGUGCUUGAGAUUGUCACUACUCAUCAGAAACUCGAUUUUCACCCUGAGCUACAAAACGUCUGCAAAGCUUUGGAGGCUGUUGAUUUGAAGAGCUCCAACAUUUUGAGUCCGUAUAAUAUUGUGGAGCACGACGACUCCUACCAGGCCACUCUGGCAGAGAUCAGAAAUGCCAUGAAAUUCGCAUGCAAUGCAUACAAACUGCCCUUGGCACAGGUGUGGGCGUCAUGCCUUCACCAGCACAGAGGUGGUUGCCGCCAUUCUGAUGAGAACUACGCGCACUGUGUCUCAACCAUCGACUCAGCCUGCUACAUUGCUGAUGCACGAGUUAAUCGCUUUCAUGAGGCAUGUUCACAUCACCACUUGCUGAAAGGUCAAGGUGUUGCUGGGAAAGCAUUCCUCACCAAUCAGUCAUGUUUUGCUGAGGACAUAACAGCUUUUAGCAAAACGGAAUAUCCUCUUGCGCAUCAUGCAAGGGUGUUUGAUUUGUGUGCUUGUGCAGCUGUACGCCUGCGAAGUAUAUGCAACGAGACCAGUGAUUUUGUGUUGGAGUUCUUCCUGCCACUGGAUUGCAAAGGUGCUCGAGAUCAGAUGCUUAUGCUGCACUCCUUCUCCUCUGUUAUACAAGAAAUGUGCCGGAGUUUGAGAGUGAUCACAGAUGAAGAGUUGAUUCGAGAAACUUCAGGCAGCACCUCAGCUGGUAAACAAGAGGACGAGAAGCAACAACACAAGUUACUUUCUCCUGCCAAGAAUUCCUCACAUGAAGGAGCAAGUUUAGAACAGAGCCAAUUUCAGCAGGAUUCUGGACCAAGAACGAGUGUUGAGUCCUUCACUUUUGGGAAUAAUUCUUAUGGUGCUAAAGCAAACAUAAGGAAACAGAAACGGAGUGACAAGAUUAUUAGCUUGGAAGUUAUUCGGCAACAUUUUGCUGGGAGCUUAAAAGAAGCAGCUAAAAGCAUUGGAGUAUGCCCCACUACCUUGAAAAGAAUAUGCAGAUAUCAUGGGAUCACACGAUGGCCUUCACGAAAGAUCAAGAAAGUUGGCCACUCGUUGAGGAAGCUUCAACUCGUGAUUGAUUCAGUCCAGGAUGGUGAGGGUCCCAUUCAACUCAGUUCCUUCUACAGCAAUUUCCCACAACUUGUGUCGCCAAAUGUAGCAGGAACUAGUAAUCACUUGUCGACUAUAAAGACGAGUGGUGAUUUCCUGCAGGAGAAGAAUCCAGCUGAAGGGAACUUGUUGACUGCUGCUACCACUUCUUCCUCUGGCAGUCAAACCUCCAGUUCUAGUUACUGUUGUUCUACUGGUUCGAAGCAAUCAGCUUUCCACGUCAAUGGAUUUAUGCCUGUAGAUGCUUUAUCCACGGAACAGAAUGGAGGGGUGUUGAAGAAAGCAAGGAGUGACGCGGAAUUGCAUGGGAAAGGCCAAGAGAAAACUAAGCUUAUGAUCAGAUCAUAUAGCAACAAGCUUCUAUGUGAAGACCCUGUUGCUAUUGGAGCUUCAGCUAUGCCAGUGGAUAGCAACCGGGAAAAUGACGAGGCUGCUUUUAGAGUAAGAGUUUCAUUUGGGGAAGAAAAGAUCCGGCUCAGCCUGCAACCACACUGGAACUUUAAGCAUCUACGAGAAGAGGUCUUGGCGCGCUUCAACAUAGAGAAUGUGGCUGGUGUUAACUUGAAAUAUCUUGAUGAUGAUGCUGAGUGGGUGCUUCUUACUUGUGAUGAUGAUCUUGAAGAAUGUAGGGAUAUACACAGAUCUUCGAAGAACCCAACUAUUAAGCUGUCUGUAAUUCGGAUCUGUCCUCCCAAUCUUGGAAGUUCAUUCGGUAGCGAUGGGCCAUACUAGAGUGGCUGUUGCCACGCAUCAAGGUUGUUUGAUGUUUUUUAUGGAAACCAUAUGUUUGUUUGUUUGAUUUGAAACACCAACUUGUGUAACAUAAUGUGCAGAAUGCUAUAGACAAGACAAAAAUAAAUGUUUAUUUCCAAGUUCCUACU